AUGACGCCUCAGCACAAGACGACACAUGGUUCACCUCCCAUCUUACCCCCUUCGUCCGAAACACCCAUAUACUACACCUUCAACGUGCCCUUUGCAUCAGAUCUGGCGGGUCCCAAUACCGAAGAUAUCCUCUAUGCCACCGCUGGAGCAGUCCUGCGAUGGACACACCCUGAAGACGCGCCUGACGAUGUGCCUGUGUACGAACUGCCCGUGCACGCAAACAAUAUCGCCAAUCUGAGGAAACUUUGCAGCGACCUGACAAACGGCCCUCGACCCAUAGAGGCUUACGUCAAAUCCUCUGAGCCAAAGCGAGUGAAAGGUCAGGUCACCACAGUGUGUCUUUCGGGUAGCCCGGACGUGGUCCACGAAUGCAGGGAGACUAUCCUGAACGAUACACCCCUGGCACUGCGAUGCGCGGUUGUGGAUGUCGACGGGGAAUUGGUGAUUGACAAGGCCGCCACUGCUCUUAAAUCACACGUGGUCCUCCACCUCGACGAGAUCGCGAAGUUCUGUGGAGUUGAUAUAUUCCUACUCGGUCCCAAGUUUGCAUCCCUCUCAGAUGGACUUGGUGGGAAUGGGGAGGCAGGCCGGGAUCAAAGAUGGAGAGUAGCUAUCUACGGAGAUAUGGAGAGCACAGAGCACGCGAAAACGAGAGUCUUGAUCUUUAUUGACCGACUACUCGGACGUAUUGUCGACUUAACGAUGCUCGAACUCUCAUUGCACACCGUCAUCUGUGGUCGAUCUCGAAAAAAUAUCAAGCUGAUUGAAUCAGCAACAAAUACCGCAAUCUACUUCCCACCCCCAUUCUCUCAGGUCUAUAGAUAUUGCCCUGCUGGAGCUCAACGUCGAAAUCCUGAAGAGAUCUUCAUCACUGGAGACACUCACCAGAACAUCGCUAUGGCCAAACAGAAGAUACACGAGCUUGUGACCCGUAUCAGACUUUUCAUGAAGGAUGCUGUGGUCUCUGCUGCAAAAAUUGAUAACAUUCUCCUGACAAGGCUGGAUAAAGUGCGCAAGAUCAUGGAGACAAAUGGGACAUUCAUCCAAUUCCCAGCUCUUGCAUCACAGCGUAAUAUGAUCCGGAUUCAAGGCGUGGAAGGCCUUCAUGUGGAGCGUACAGUCAGAGACAUUAUGGCUCUUACUGGACAGUUCUACAGCGCUUCAUGGUGGAUUCAACAGGCCGAGACAAUGCGCCUGCCAUCUCCAGAAAACACGAGGACUAUGUUGUCUGAUAUCUGCGCAAAUUCUGACGCUGAUGUAUCUUUUGACAAACUGACCUUCACAAUCACAGGCUCUGACGAUGCUGUGAAAGCUGCUCUGAUGGUCAUCUCGGAUAUUAAAUUCGUCGCGCGGUCUCAAUAUACGAUACGAGUGAAAAUCGAACUAGCGAAUGAACACAAGGAGUUUGUCAGUGGGAAGAAGAACGGCAAGAUAAACAAGAUUAUGGGCCAGAGCAGUGUGCAAAUCAUCUUUGAUGGCUUCAACGAGUAUAACUUCAACAUCGAUGUCUGCGCUGCAAAUUACGACGCCAUGAAGACCGGACUAAUGCUUGUUGAGCAAGAAAUGCCAGCUUCCAUCUCGUUCCACGUUCCCGACCAGUACCACAAGCGCAUCAUUGGUAUUGGUGGCCAGCACAUCCAACGAAUCAUGAAGAAGCACUCGGUGUUCGUGAAGUUCUCUAACGCCAUGGAUCGCGGUGGUGUUGGUCGAGAGGACGACGACAUCAAGGUCGACAAUGUCAUCUGCCGAACACCCGCAAGGAAUGCGCAGAACCUCGAACUCGUAAAGUCGGAGAUUUUGGAUAUGGUUGACCGGGUGGACUCCGAGUUCACGAGCCAAACUGUUACAGUCGAUAGAUUGUACCACAGGCAACUGAUUGCUCGCCUCAACCAAUUGGAGGAACUUGAGAAGAAAUGGAACUGCAAGAUCAUCUUCCCAAGUACCGAACAGGCCAGUGACCAAGUCACCAUAUCCGGUCCUGAAUGGCAGGUUCCACACUGUGUUGAUGAAUUUCUCGGCUUGGUUCCGGACAACCAUGAGCUGGUCCUAGCAAGUUCACCUAAACUCAUUGAGUACCUUCAAUCUAAGGAAUUCCGGACAGGUCUGAUGCCGAAGCUGAAAUCACAGUAUGUGGUUGAAGUACAAGUGAGGCAGGACGAGACUGAACGGACUGAGGACAAUGGUCCCACUGUGACCUUGUUCUUGACCUUCACUCGUAACAAUGCUGGUGGCGUCCGAGAUGCUAUCGACUUCCUUACUGCUAACCUUGCAUCUGCGGGAAUCGAGGCUACUAUUGUCAAAGGCGUCAUUGCCCGACCGAAGUCGGACUCUUUCGAGGAGUCUCUCCCACAUUUUGCUACAAAGCUUCUCCAGCAUGCUCCACCUCCAAUUUCUACUGAUUCACCGACGAAGACAUCUUUCGGUGACGACGUUGCGCGUGAGAGAAGCACUAUCUUUGACAAGCUUCGCAAACCGGGAAGUAUGUCUUCGAUCUCUUCUUUCCUGGAACGACGCAAGAAUAGCUCCCAUUCGCCCGGCGGCUCCUUCUUCAAGAACGGCUCCAGCAACGUAUCCAAGUCGUCUUUGAUCUCUGUCGAAUCCACCCGAAGCUUCAACGCCGACCGCAACCCAUGGAAUGACAGUGGUGUCAAUUUGCCGGACAACGACACUACCCCAUGGCCCAAUCAACCUUUCGGCAACGGCGGUGGCAUCAACAUCGAACACAAGCCUUCCCAAUUGCAACAUCCAGGUGAUGUGACCCCGAGGCACACAAUGCGGGGCUCAACUGAUAGCGGCCGCCCCUCAACUUCUCAUUCUACAAACUCAGGAUACCCAGGCCCCAUCGGCCCACCGCGUUCUUAA